AAAAUGAGCGGCCUGGAUGAGGGCAACAAUCUUUCUGACGCUAAAGACUGCGGCCUAGCUACUGGAGACCAUGCCCCGGGACAUCCGGACCUAAACCAGUGCCAGGGCGAGGAAACCGAGGCGACGCCGGUGAUGGCGGACACAGGUGAGGGCGGCUUGGAGACCGCCGCGGAGGGAGGCGCACCCCAGAACCCCGCUAGUUGUGCGCCGGUGCUCCGCGUUCGAGUUUUUGGGAGUCGCGGCCGUGUAGCGACCAGAACGGGCCAGAAAGAGGUUCUGCUUCCCACGGAAGGUUUGGCAGCAGCCCCUGCCUCAGCCUCCGCUGCGGUGGCGACCGACAAUAGCCAGGAAAAUGGCUGUCAGCGUAGAGAGCCGCAGGGUCUUGCUGGGGAGAAAGCUCUAGAAGCCUGUGGCGCAGGGGGGUUGGCGUCUCAGAUGACGCCUGGGGCGAAGGCCAAGGAAAUGACAAAAAAGUGCGCCGUUUCAGCGGCUGCGGAAAAGGAGGGAGGAGCAGAGGAGGUCUCGGUGGAGGAAAAGAAGGUGAUGCAGAAGGAAAAAAAGGUGGUAGGAGGAAUGAAAGAGGAGACACGGGGCAAGGCCCCGAAGAUCAAUAACUGCAUGGAUUCGCUGGAGGCCAUCGAUCAGGAGCUGUCAAAUGUAAAUGCCCAGGCUGACAGGGCCUUCCUUCAGCUGGAGCGCAAGUUUGGCCGCAUGCGAAGGCUUCAUAUGCAGCGCAGAAGUUUCAUUAUCCAAAAUAUCCCAGGUUUCUGGGUCACUGCGUUUCGGAACCACCCCCAGCUGUCACCUAUGAUCAGUGGUCAAGAUGAAGACAUGAUGAGGUACAUGAUCAAUUUGGAGGUGGAGGAGCUCAAACACCCCAGAGCAGGCUGCAAAUUCAAGUUCAUCUUUCAGAGCAACCCCUACUUCCGAAAUGAGGGGCUCGUCAAAGAAUAUGAGCGCAGAUCCUCUGGCAGGGUGGUGUCUCUUUCCACUCCAAUCCGCUGGCACAGGGGCCAAGACCCCCAGUCCCAUAUCCACAGGAACCGGGAAGGAAACACUAUCCCCAGUUUCUUUAACUGGUUCUCAGACCACAGCCUUCUAGAAUUCGACAGGAUUGCGGAGAUUAUCAAAGCAGAACUGUGGCCCAAUCCCCUACAAUACUACCUGAUGGGUGAAGGGCCUCGCCGUGGAAUUCGAGACCCAGCAAGGCAGCCAGUGGAGAGCCCCAGGUCCUUCAGGUUCCAGUCUGGCUAACUGAUGACCUUGUGAGAAGCUCCUGCACAAGUCUCCUCACCACCUCCCCUUGAACCUAUGCUUAGCCAACAGCAUGCAGUCUUCUAUCUGCUUUCUCUUCACACUGGAGUAUUUUAUUCUUUGGUUCUUCUAAAUCUUCAACAAUCAGUUGCAAGGUUGACUCUUAUACGCUUGUGUUGUUCUUCCUCUGGACCUUCAUGCUCUUCUGUAUCCUCUUACAUGUUCCAAGUGCAUGGCCUUGCACUGCUUCUAUGCCAAGCACAUGAUGCUGUAGAUAGAUAGGCACUGCCUUCCUUUGCAUGCCUUGGGCCCGGUCUGUGACCAUGGUCUUCUCCCAGAUUUUUAAGUGGUUAUCUACCACAAAGAAGCUUGAAAUACCUUUGCAAAUAACUAGCUGGGCUUCAUACUUAAUGCUGACUGUCCUCCUGAUACCCAUGUACUGUAUGUCAAGUUCUUUGAAUUUCACUGCUGCAAGAUGAAGCUGAUCUAGAUGAUGCCAGCCGUCAACCCAAACUGGACAUUCUGGCUACCACUGACUGGUUCCUAGCUGCCUUCCUGGCCUGUGCCAUCCACCCAGCUGGUUAUCUGGCAGAAUAAGGUGGCUGGUGGGGGCUGCUAGGCAUGAAUGAGGUAACAGAUGAGAGGUGUUCAGUGUUACUGCAUUGGUCUUCUUUUGCCUUUGGGCACUCUGCUUUGUGAACAGGUACUGGUGAGUAUGAAGGUCUGUGCUAUGGCCCACCCAAACCUGCUCUCGGCCUUUUGGGUAAGCUUCACAUAGGCACCACUGCCUGCUUCCUCAGCAACUAUCUGUGGACUUAAGAUCCCAGGCAGCACAUGGGGAACUUCCCCUCAAACUCCCUACCCCAUCAAAUAGUUACCUAUAAACCCAAUUGGCUGUUGGGCAGGUUGGGCAGU